AUGGGUUCUAACGUUACGAAAAAACUCGCGACGUCACCACUAUGUAAUGGAGGUUUCGGUGCUGACGACAUAGUCGAAGAAGUGGCUAUAGUUCGAAAGCACGGCGUCACCAAAGUGAUUGACGGUCCGACGUAUCGAUAUGGAUUAGAACAAAAACAGAUAAACACACAACGUAUGGUGGUGGCUGUGAACGAGGUGAAAAAGUUGGAAGUGGAACUGGAUCGAGCCGGACAAAAUCUCAGCCAAAUACAGCAAAGAUAUAGCGAAUGUGAAGCGUCUGUGAUGGAGUUGCGUGUACGAUUGAAGAAAGUUCGUGAACAGUUGCUAAUCGUCAGAGAAGCGGAGCGUCGUCGUAGUCCAUGA